AUGGAAAAUCAAACCAUAACUACAGAAUUUAUACUCUUGGGACUUUCGAGUAACCCAGAAAUACAGCUGAUUCUAUUCUUUGUGAUUCUAAUUAUAUACACAAUAACACUAUUAGGAAACCUUUUGAUCAUACUGAUAAUUAGGAUCGAACAUGGCCUUCACACUCCUAUGUUCUUCUUUCUUAGUCAUCUAGCCUUUGUUGACAUUUGUUACUCAACAGUCACUGUCCCAAAGAUGCUGGCAAAUUUUAUUGCAAAUAAAAAAACAAUUUCUUUGAUAGGCUGCAUUGUGCAAAUCUUUUCCUUUAUCCAUUUUGCUUGUGUGGAUUUCUUUCUGCUUUCAGUAAUGGCAUUUGAUCGCUAUGUUGCAAUUUGUAACCCACUGCAUUAUUCAAUAAUUAUGAGAAAACAAAUGUGCAGGCAGUUGGUGGGAGGAUCUUGGCUCAUUGUGGUUUGCAUGUUUUUAUUUUCAGCUUUUUUCAGGUAUCUUACUCCAGGUUCUCAAUCUCCUACAGAUCUGGAGAAAGUGAUCUCUAUCCAAUACACUGUAUUAACGCCCAUGUUGAAUCCAAUCAUUUACAGCCUUAAAAAUAAAGACAUAAAAAAGGUGAUUAGGAAAAAAUGGCAAAACCUGGGUAAAAUGUCAGUGUAG